GUCUCUCGGGUGCCUUGACACAGCAGUAUUUGGGGUGGCGCGGCUGUCACCCGGCUGUUUUUCUCGGCAACAUCCGCACAGAGAUGGCAGCAGAGCCGUAGCUGACUGUGUGGCCUGUGCGGUGACCAGCGGCCCUAACGUUACUCAACCACGGACUGCAGGAAAGGAGCGCAGCGCCGAGAAAGAGCUGCCAUGGGACACAGAGUAGGCUGAACGGGAGGGCCUAGCAGAACACAUCUGUUGCUUCCCACUUUGGUUUAUGACAUGGCCACGGCCUCAUCAAGAGCAGAGACUAGUCAUAAUCACAGAUGCACGUCACAGCUCCAUGCCAUCGUUUCAUGUGCCAAACUUAAGAGGAAGAAGAGCGUUUUUGGGGCUGCCAUUUAUGUGGAGGUGACAGCAGAGGGAGAGACCCGCCGCACAACAAAAUCUCACAGCUCCUCCAGCCCGAAAUGGGACGAGAGGCUCACUCUGACUGUAACACCACAGACACAGGUGGAUUUCAAAGUAUGGAGUCAUCACACCCUGAAAGCAGACGCUCUGCUGGGCAAAGCCACGCUGGAUCUCAUUCAGGCACUGGAGAAGCAUGACAGAAAACUGGAGAAUGUGAAGGAGGUGCUGAAGCUGAAUGUGGAGCAGAAGGGGGUCUCCGUGCCUGUUGGCGAGCUGAAUGUGUACCUUGAUGGCCUGACUGUCACUGAGCCGGAGGACCUGGUACCGCUAACCAAUGGCAACGCAGCAAAUGGCAGCAGUGAGCUCACUAUUUAUGUUAGGGAAGUCCAACAGAAUGGUGAUGCCAUUCAUGAAAACGGGGACUCGUCUUCCUCUUCUUCAAGGGCUGCAAAAAGUACCAUGAAUGGAACCGACUUGGACCAGAGAUCCGGUUCCUGCUCGGCCUCCAGUGGUGCAGAUGGUCAGGUGCCUUCCAGCUCCUUCAGCCCUGCUCUCGAUCAUGUCACCAGCAUGGUCGAUGAAGACACAACAUCCAACUCCACCCCAGUGCACCAACCUCCAGACAGCGACCCGUACACCAGAAUGGUGAACGGAGAUUCCUCUGAGGCUGUUCCCAGGCAGUCUUCUGCAUCUAGAAGGGAAACGCAGCCGUUUACAGGUGAAAACGAGGAGAGCACUCAAGAUGCUGCACUGCCAAAUGCUGAAACAUCUCCAGCUGUCACUUCCCAGCCCCCUCCUGCUUCCACACCUUCUCCAGCCUCGUCUCUUGCUGCUAAACCUGUCGAUAGCGCUGCUGCUUCUACCACGUCAGCCUCUUCAACCCAGGGGGCUACCACCGUCACAACAUCGUCAUCCUCUUUCUCCCCGGCACCGGGUGAAACGAGUGCUUCAGGAGUGGGGGGAGGCAGUAGUAGCAGCUCAACAACAACAACUGAUGGGGUGAAGCCCAGGCAGCAGGUCCCCAAUGCUCCAGCAUCAGAUCCUCUACCACCAGGGUGGGAGCAGAGGAAAGAUCCACAUGGGAGAACGUAUUAUGUAGACCACAACACCAGAACUACUACCUGGGAAAGGCCACAGCCACUACCUCCUGGAUGGGAACGUCGAGUGGACGACCGGGGUCGGAUCUAUUAUGUUGACCACAACACCCGCACAACCACCUGGCAGCGCCCCACUAUGGAGUCGGUGCGCAAUUUUGAGCAGUGGCAGAGCCAGCGCAGCCAGCUGCAAGGAGCUAUGCAUCAGUUUAACCAGAGAUACCUCUACUCUGCAUCCAUGAUGUCUGCUGAGAACGAUCCCCUUGGCCCUCUACCUCCUGGUUGGGAGAGGCGUGUGGACUCUAAUGACAGAGUGUACUUUGUGAACCACAAUACCAAGACAACACAGUGGGAAGACCCUCGAACCCAAGGGCUACAGAAUGAGGAUCCUCUGCCUGAAGGUUGGGAAAUCCGGUACACAAGGGAAGGGGUUCGCUACUUUGUGGACCACAACACCCGGACCACCACUUUCAGCGACCCGCGCACCGGGAAGUCUUCUGUCACCAAAGGCCCACAGAUUGCAUACGAGCGCAGCUUCAGGUGGAAGCUCGCUCAUUUCCGCUACCUGUGCCAGUCUAAUGCUCUCCCAAGCCAUGUGAAGAUCACGGUCUCCAGACAGACGCUGUUUGAAGACUCUUUUCAGCAAAUUAUGGCCCUGAAACCAUACGACUUAAGGAGGAGGCUGUAUGUCAUCUUCAGAGGCGAGGAGGGUUUGGACUAUGGUGGCUUAGCCCGGGAGUGGUUCUUCCUCUUGUCCCAUGAAGUGCUGAACCCUAUGUACUGUCUGUUUGAGUACGCUGGCAAGAGCAACUACUGUCUGCAGAUCAACCCGGCAUCAGCAAUCAACCCAGACCACCUCUCCUACUUCUGCUUCAUAGGCCGCUUCAUUGCAAUGGCACUUUUCCAUGGGAAGUUCAUUGACACUGGCUUCUCUUUGCCUUUCUACAAACGAAUGCUGAACAAGAAGCUCAUCCUUAAAGACCUGGAGUCCAUUGACCCAGAGUUCUACAACUCACUCAUAUGGAUCAGAGACAACAACAUAGAGGAAUGUGGGCUGGAGAUGUACUUCUCCGUGGACAUGGAGAUCUUAGGGAAGAUCUCUUCUCAUGACCUGAAACCUGAUGGCACCAACAUUCUGGUCACUGAGGAAAACAAGGAGGAGUACAUCAGUCUAAUGGCAGAGUGGAGGUUCUCCCGUGGGGUGGAAGGUCAGACCAAAGCUUUCCUGGAUGGCUUCAAUGAGGUGGUACCACUUCAGUGGCUGCAGUACUUUGAUGAAAAGGAGCUGGAGGUGAUGCUGUGCGGCAUGCAGGAGGUAGACCUUCAGGACUGGCAGAGAAACACUGUGUAUCGUCACUACACCAGAAACAGCAAACAGAUCAUCUGGUUUUGGCAGCUGGUGAAAGAAGUGGACAAUGAAGUGCGGCUGCGGCUUAUGCAGUUUGUCACGGGAACCUGCCGCCUUCCUUUGGGUGGCUUUGCUGAACUUAUGGGAAGUAAUGGGCCUCAGAAGUUCUGCAUUGAGAAAGUGGGGAAGGACACAUGGCUUCCCCGUAGCCACACAUGUUUCAACCGCCUGGAUUUGCCUCCCUAUAAAAGCUACGAACAGCUGAAGGAGAAGCUGCUCUUCGCCAUCGAGGAAACCGAAGGAUUUGGCCAAGAAUAGAUGAACAAGUCUUGUAGUGUUUCCCUCCGCUAACCCCCUGCUGUUCAUUCAGCCAAGAAAAACAAACAAAAAAAAUUGCACAAGAUAACCACCAAUGUAUAUAAGCUAUUUUGUCAUUUAAACCAAAUUCUAAUUUGCA